CCGUGGCUGGGAGCGGUGGAGAAGACCGAGACGACCAAGCUGCCCGCCUACGACCCGGCGUGCUACCUCUGCCCGGGCAACACUCGCGCCACCAACGGCACGGUGAACGACAAGUUCGAGGGGACGUACGUCUUCGACAACGACUUCCCGUCGGUGCGUGGCGGCGAUGGUGACUUCGUGCAGCUCAACGAGGACGACCUCUUCAUCGCCCAGUCCAACCGCGGCGCGUGCAAGGUGAUCUGCUUCUCGCCCAAGCACAACGCGACGCUGCCCGACAUGACGGUGGGCGAGAUCACGGAGGUGGUGCGCGUGUGGCGCCGCGAGUACGAGGCCCUGGGCCGCCUGGACUACAUCAACUACGUCCAGAUCUUCGAGAACAAGGGCAGCAUGAUGGGCUGCUCCAACCCGCACCCGCACUGCCAGAUCUGGGCCACCGAGGCGGUGCCCGACGAGCUCGCCAAGGAGCUCGACGCCUUCGCCCACUGGCGCGCCAGCAAGAACGGCGCCUGCCUGCUCUGCGCCUACGUCGAGCGCGAGCGCGCGCGUGCGGCGGAGCGCGUCGUGUGCGCCAACGCGUCGUUCACGGCGCUGGUGCCCUUCUGGGCCGUGUGGCCCUUCGAGAUGAUGAUCGUCGGACACCAGCGCCACCUGAGCUCGCUCGCCCAGCUCACCCCCGACGAGGAGCGCGACCUGGCCGACAUCAUCAAGCAGGUCACCACCAAGUACGACAACCUCUUCCAGUGCCACUUCCCCUACUCGAUGGGCAUCCACCAGGCGCCCACCACCACCACCACGAGCCACUCGAGCCAGCGACCACAACAACAACAACAGCGACAAGACGAUGAAGAUGAUGGUAACGAGAAUGAUGAUGGUGAUGGUGAUGAGGAGUUGUUCCACCUGCACAUGCACUUCUACCCGCCGCUGCUGCGGUCGGCGACGGUGCGCAAGUUCCUGGUCGGCUACGAGCUGUGCGGCGAGCCCCAGCGCGACAUGACCCCCGAACAGGCGGCGGCCCGCCUGCGCGACCUCCCGGCCGUACUCUACCGCGAUCUGCCCUCCAACGUCGAGCAACAACAAUGA